UCCGUCUGCUAGGAACUGAUUCCUAUGAAUACACUCGAAGUUGUUAGCUGAUGUUACAGGCAGAACAAAGUCAGCGAUGCCAGAAAGCAUGUAUUUCAGAAUGGACUGUCCCGGUUUUUGUAGAUAUACAUGUCUAGAUUUUGUAUUUGCGGUUGUCGGCGUUUUCGCCUACUUGUGCGACGUGGGAUCCGAUCUGUCGGUCGCGGCUGAGUUCUACCUACAUGGCGACUUCGCUUGGUUCGGGUUGGUGAUUGGGCUCAUGGUUCUGUCGUCAACCGUGGUACAUUUGUUUAGCUGGUUCUGGUUUAAAUACGAUCAAGAACUCGAAGAUUUCAAAUCGCAGACAUCUGCAGAGAGAUUACUUUUUGGUGGCGGAGGGCGCCUGAAACUUAGCCUGCUGCACGCGUUUCAGCUCGGAUUUCUUCUCCGGCACGUGUCGGCCAUCGAGCAGGGCUUCGGCGUGUGGUGGUGGGGGGAGCAGGCCUCCUACGCCGCCUACGUGACCCAUGACCUCAGCAUGCUCCGCCUCCUGGAGGCGUUCUGUGAGAGCGCGCCCCAGCUCACCCUCCUGCUCUACAUCAUCCUCCAGACCGGCCACGCCCGAACCAUGCAGAGUGUGAGUGUGUGUGCCUCCUCGUUCUCCGUGGCGUGGACGGUGGUGAUGUAUCACCGCUCUCUGCGGCGGUUCCUGCCCCAGAAGGCUCAGCAGCGCUGGGGCGCGUCGGCGGUGUACUUCCUGUGGAACCUGCUGCUCAUCACGCCGCGAUUGGCUGCCCUGGCGCUCUUCGCCUCAGCCCUGCCCUGCCCCGCCCCCGCCCACUUCCUGUGCCUGUGGCCGGCGCUCUUCCUGUGGGCGUGGCUUCAGCGCACCAGCUUCAUGGACAGCGCGGGGGGGGAGUGGCUCUAUCGGGGCGCCGUGGCGACCAUCUGGUACUUCAGCUGGUUUAACGUGGCCGAGGGGCGGAGCCGGGGGCGGGGCCUGAUCUACCACGCCCUCAUGAUGACGGACAGCGGGAUCCUGCUGGGGGCGUGGUGGGGGCUGCGGGGGGCGGGGCUUCAGCAGGCCUACGCUGUGGGCGUGGUCAUCGCCCUGCCCUCCGCAUACCUGCUGGGCCUGCUGCUCAAAGGCCUGUAUUACGCCUACCUCCACCCCAAACUCCGCCCACUUCCUGCCGGGGAGGUCCCCAAACUCCGCCCACUUCCUGCCGGGGAGGACCCCAAACUCCGCCCACUUCCUGCCGGGGAGGAACCCAAACUCUGCCCACUUCCUGCUGGGGAGGGCCCCAAACUCCGCCCACUUCCUGCCAGGGAGGAGGAUGUUCCCGAUGGUGACACCCCCUUCAGAUCCCGCCCCCCCCAGCCUGGCCCCUCCCCCUCAAAACUGUGCAAUCAGAGGAUGGCUCGCCUGGCCAGCAUCUUCUACACCCCCCUGCCUGUGCUGCCCUACGCCCGCCAGCCAAUCAGGGCCUCGCCCAACGGCAUCAUCUAAACCGUACACCCUCCUGAACCCCUACCUCAACAUCUCCACCUGCCUACUGACCUCAACGUCAGGGGCACGUUCAGCCCCAACAAAAUAUAGAGACAUUCACCAUCGCACAACCAUGUGCCAUGGAGGGCUGAGAAUUUGCAGGUUCUCCUCAUUAUAUUACCUGGUCUUUGGCUGUACCCAUAGCCACUUACAGUUGAUGAGACUAAGCAGGAGACAAUCCCCCCCAGGAGUAAUGUGGGGUUUCGGGCCAAAAUCGUGCAAUGUGACCGCUGCUACAACCACAGACAAUGGACGUCUAAUGAACAUCCAAUAGGAGCCGUGUAAUAUAAUGCAUGACGUACUGUAAACGACACACGUGACACUAACCACAAUAAACACGUUGUUAUUUCAAAUGUGACCUUCGAUACUAAAAUAUCACCUUGCAUGUGGAUGAAGUAGCAUUGGCUAUUUAAGUGUACCGUUAAAAUGCUAUCACUUUUGCUACCGAAGGAAAGCGAGAAAAUAAACCGCCUUUAGAAUCACUUUUUCCGAGCAAAAAAACGCCACGAUUAGUCUUCAGCUCUUUCUUCCAUCGUCCUCAAGUUCAGCGCGUGGAUGUCAGAUGAUGCAGCUCCUGCACUGUAGGAUGGAAUCUGCUCUUAUUAUAUGAUCAUUGAAUUUUACCUCGCAGUGUGACGACAAUGAAAGACUGGAUGCUAUCAGUACUACACACGACGUGUGCGGCUAGCGUUAACCACUAUGCUACAGGCUGUGCUACGCUGCUACAGGCUGUGCUACGCUGCAACCAAUCACUACACCUGCAGAUCACACCUUCAACCAGAGAGGAGGGAACUCAUGUAUUGAUCAGCUGCCCAGGCGCCCGGAGUUUUUACCUAAAAUGCCUUGAGCAGAUACUGUGGUUUGUGAAUAAAUAGCUGUUGUGAAUCGUGAAAGCUGAGUACCCUUCUGUUGUACUGUGUGUUAUUUUAGAUUUGGCAAUAAUGUUCUGCGUUGGGAUACAGACAUGCGUUUCCACUUUAAAGGAAAACCCAACAGUUGGUGGAAAAUAAUUUCUUCUGUCUUCGGUCAACAUGAACACUUAUCAGGGUGAGCGUGCUGUAACCCAGGCAUUAAAUACAAUUCAGUGUUGGGGGAAAACCCAACCCUGUUUGUCACCUUCA